GGACAACAUUGAAGGUUCUAUUUAGUGAGUUCUAUUGACCCUGAGUACUUCAGUUGUAGCCUUCCAACAUGUGUUGGACGGUGUCGCCCACCCUGAUAGCCUCAUGCAGACUUGGAAGAGGACUACAUUUGGAUGAUCUUCAAUCAAGCACAUUCAACCCACAGAGGUCCUCAUAAAGUCUUCAGAGGUCCUCAUAAAGCCCACAGAGAUCCUCAUAAAGCCCACAGAGGUCCUCAUAAAGUCUUCAGAGGUCCUCAUAAAGUCUUCAGCUGAGGACACAAACUCUGCCAGCCAUGGGAACAAAAGAGAAAACCUCCAAGGAAGUUUAUUUUUCUGUCCUGCCAGAUAAAUAUCAACCUUUGAUCGAGGAUGAAGGAAUGGAGGAAAGACCUGAAGAAAGGUUGAGAAGGAAGGAAGAGAGAAAGAAGAGGAGGAAGAAGUACAGGAGGAACCUGAAGAAGGUUUGCACUUUCAGCUGGCGAUGUUUGCUGUGCGGCCUGCAGAGUCUGACGGCCUCCUGCUCCAUGCCCCUGGCCACCAUGGCCGUGGUGAUGGACAACCAGCGAGCAUGACCAUGGUGUGCAUGUCCACCAUGCCCCUGGCCACCAUGGCUGUGGUGAUGGACAACCAGCAGCAUGACCAUGGUGUGCAUGCAUCUUCACUGGGUGAUGGAGGACCAGCAGCAUGACCAUGGUGUACAUGUCCACCAUGCUGCUGGCCACCAUGGCCGUGGUGAUGGAGGACCAGCAGCAUGACCAUGGUGUGCAUGCAUCUUCACUGGGUGAUGGAGGACCAGCAGCAUGACCAUGGUGUACAUGUCCACCAUGCCCCUGGCCACCAUGGCCGUGGUGAUGGAGGACCAGCAGCAUGACCAUGGUGUGCAUGCAUCUUCACUGGGUGAUGGAGGACCAGCAGCAUGACCAUGGUGUGCAUG